GAGGCCUUCGACGAGGUCUUCCUCCGGCCUUGGCGCUUCCCGGUGCACGUGCAGCGCCUGCACGGUCUCGCCGAGGAGACCGCCAGCUGCCCCUGUGCUCGACAUCCCCAAAUGUCAGGCGGAGCGGCGGCGGCGGGCCAGUGUGGUGGACCAGAGCGCCAUCGCGCACGGCCAGCGCUCUCUGCUGGAAGCCCGGAAGGUGGUCUAUGCCAUCGUGAGCCGGGACAGCCCGCAUCUGCAGGUCUGCGUCACGAAGGUCUCUUGCGCUCAGGAUUUCUUGGAACGGGCAGCACGUGAGCUGCGUGCAACAGCAAGAGGAGGUUCCUUUACACAGAGUUCCAAGCACCGCUACGGCGCAGCGAAAACAGGGCUGGCCUUCCAAGCACCCGAGGGGCUGCUCUUGUAUGCCCUGGAAAGCCUGGAAAGCGCCGAGCUGCCUUAUCACCGUCUCUCACAGCAGCGUCUCCACCACUGGGCCAAGCUGUUGCAGGGCGUCACCACCGAGAAUGCUGGAGACCCGCGCACGUAG